AAGAAAAAGAAGAGCAUGAAAGAGCUUGACAAGAAGGACUUUGGGACUAUUCUAGACGCCUUUACAGAGAAGGAUACCAAACCCCUUCCUGAGCCUGUGGUUGUUCAGGCUGAAACUGCCCCAGCUGUGGGGCAAUGGAAACCCAUUAAUCCAGAAGCAAAGAAGCGGUACGAUAGGGAGUUUUUGCUGGGAUUCCAGUUCAGCAGUGCCAGUAUGCACAAACCAGAAGGCCUGCCACUCAUCAGUGAUGUUGUUCUUGAUAAGGUGAAUAAGACUCCACUGCGUCCUGCGGACCCGGGUCGACUAGUGAAUGUUGGUACUGAUUUCACUCCCUCAUAUUUGGGUAACUUAGGAAGCAGAUCAGUGGGAGGACCACGAGGCCCGCCUCCAGGACCUCGGCGUUCUCAGCAAGGUCAGCGAAAGGAACCUAGGAAAAUCAUUAGUAGCAUGAAUGAGGACAUUCAGCUGAACAAGGCUGAAAAAGCUUGGAAACCAUCUUUGAAAAAGUCCAUGUCACGUGGCCGUGGAGACGAGGCUGAAGAGGAGGAUGCUGAACAAAUCAAGACUCAAGAGGUGUUGAACAGACUGUGUAGUAUCCUCAACAAACUGACCCCUCAGAAGUUUCAAGAGCUGACGAAGCAAGUGCAAGAACUGCCGAUAGACACUGAGGAGAGACUGAAAGGAGCCACUGAUCUCAUCUUUGAAAAAGCCAUCAUGGAGCCCAACUUUUCUGUAGUUUAUGCCAACAUGUGUCGUUGCCUCAGGGGGUUAAAAGUCCCUACUGCAGAAAAGCCAGGAGCUACCGCAAACUUUCGCAAACUUCUGCAAAAUCGCUGUCAAAAGGAAUUUGAAAAGGAUCAAGAUGAUGAAAUAUUUGAGAAAAAACAGAAAGAAUUGGAUGCUGCAAAAGAAGGUGAAGAAUGUGAUCGUUUGAAAGCGGAGCUAGAGGAAGCCAGAGAUAAGGCCCGACGGCGAUCACUGGGAAACAUCAAGUUCAUUGGCGAGCUUUUCAAACUGAAAAUGUUGACAGAAGCCAUUAUGCACGACUGUGUUGUAAAACUAUUGAAGAAUCACGAUGAAGAAUCUCUUGAGUGUCUAUGCAGGUUGUUGUCUACAAUCGGCAAAGACCUGGACUUUGAAAAGGCAAAGCCCCGCAUGGACCAGUAUUUUAACCAAAUGGACAAAAUCAUAAAGGAGAGAAAGACCUCGUCAAGAAUUUGUUUCAUACUGCAAGAUGUCUUGGACCUCAGAAGGAGCAACUGGGUGCCUAGAAGAGCAGACCAGGGACCUAAAACAAUUGACCAGAUCCACAAGGAGGCAGAGCUGGAGGAGCACAGGGAGCAGAUAAAGGUCCAGCAGCAGCUUCUAUCCAAGAAGGAGGGCGGAGGCAGAAUGAGCAUGGGUGGCCGAGGUCCUCACACUCCCGGGGGAGGCAGGACCAGCCAAACCCAGGACGAAGGAUGGAACACUGUCCCCAUUUCCAAGAACAGACCUAUUGACACCACCCGUCUGAGCAAAAUCACGAAGCCUGGUGCGAUGGACUUUAACAAUCAGUUGUUGGCUCCAGGUGGUAAAGGGAUGUGGGGUAGCUGGGGAAAAGGUUGCAGUGGAGGAAGUGGAACUAAACCAUCCAGUGGAGAACAGGAUUCAAGUCGUCCUGCCACUAGCACACUGAACCGUUUCUCAGCCCUGCAGUCUGGGUCUUCAUCAGAGUUUGAUCGCCGAGUUCCUCAGAGGUCAAGCUCCAGUCGGGAACGAGGGGUUGGUGACAGAGAUCGUUUUGACCGCUUUGAUCGGAGGGAAGGAGGUGAUGGUGACAGGAGCAACCGCCCUGAAAUCACAAAGAGAAGCUUCAGUCGAGAAUCCCAGGAGCGCAGCCGAGGAGGAGAGGGACGCAGUGCUGUGGAUUCUGUUCGUCGUGUGGCCAGCAUGACAGACGAUCGAGACAGGGGCAGCCGCGACAGGGGCAGCCGCGACAGGGGCAGCCGCGACCGAGGGAGCCGUGACAGGGGCAGCAAAGAUCGUGCUUCAAGUAAAGACAUACAUUCAGUUAAGCGUGAAAGUGCCCCAACGCCACCUCCAUCUAAACCUGCUUUGUCUGAAGAAGAGUUAGAGAAGAAGUCAAAUGCCAUAAUUGAAGAAUACCUCCAUAUUAAUGACUUGAAGGAAGCAUUACAGUGCGUUGCGGAGCUGAACAGUGCCUCCCUGCUUUUUGUCUUUGUACGGGUCGGUUUGGAAUCGACACUUGAUCGCAGCACCAUUGCCCGGGAGCACAUGGGACUGCUGCUGCAUCAGCUGAUCAAGGCCGGGAAUCUGCCUCCGCAGCAAUACUACAAAGGGCUGCAUGAGAUCUUAGAAGUGGCAGAGGAUAUGGAAAUAGAUAUACCUCACAUCUGGCUUUACCUGGCUGAGCUCAUCACCCCUAUGUUACACGAAGGUGGGCUCUCUAUGGGACAGCUCUUCAGGGAGAUUUCAAAGCCUCUAGUGCCUCUUGGGAAGGCGGGUGUGCUCCUGGUACAAAUCUUAAACAUGCUUUGUAAAGGAAUGACCCCCAAGAAAGUUGGGGCUAUGUGGACCGAAGCUGGGUUGAACUGGAAGGACUUUCUGCCCAGUGAUGAAGAUGUUAACAAAUUUGUAACAGAUCAGAAACUGGAGUAUACCUUAGGAGAAGAGGUGGCAUCAAAAGACAGCAAUAAAAAAGUUUUCACUGGAGAGGAGCUUAGCAAACAACUGGAAAGACUCCUUCAGGACAAAGCUGACAACCAGCGCAUCCGUGACUGGAUUGAGGCCAAUCUGGACGAACAGCAGACCGCAUCAAACCUGUUCAUUCGUGCAUUGAUGACAUCAGUCUGUCAGUCUGCCAUCAUCUGUGAUAACCCGUACAAAGUGGACGCAGAGCAGAUUGGUCAAAGAGCCAGCUUGUUGCAGAGAUAUCUUUAUGAUGAACAGAAAGAGCUGCAGGCCCUUUAUGCCCUUCAAGCACUAAUGGUACACAUGGAACAGCCUGCAAACCUGCUACGCAUGUUCUUCGAUGCCUUGUAUGAUGAGGAUGUGAUUAAAGAGGAGGCCUUUUACAAAUGGGAGUCCAGUAAAGACCCAGCAGAGCAGACGGGCAAAGGUGUGGCCUUGAAGUCUGUCACAGCAUUCUUCACCUGGCUCCGUGAGGCAGAAGAGGAGUCGGACAAAGACUAAAGACUAUAAAG